UCUUCCUGUUGCUUUGAAAACUCAGAUUGGGAAUGGCCGACGCACGGAUCGCUUCGCCGCCCUCCGAGCGCAACAAGGGACCCAUUCUCAGUGUCCUGCGCCGCACCCUUGGGUUGGAAGCCGCGACCACAGACCAAGAGCACUCACCGCUCACCGUGCUCGAGAUUGCCUGCGGAACGGGCGUCCAUGCGGCGCACUUUUGCAGCGAGUUGGGCGAUCGCGUGCGCUGGACUCCGACAGACUACGAGUCGACCAUGUUCGCCAGUGUCGAGGCGUACCUGGCCGAGGCGAAAGUGAGCAACUGCAAAUCGCCGCGAUUGCUCGACGCCAGCAAGCCUGACGAGUGGCAGGUGGAUGCGCAGUCCGUCGAUCUCCUGCUGAAUAUCAACAUGAUUCACAUUUCACCCAUUGCAGCGACUGAGGGGCUGAUUGUCGGGGCUUCGCGUGUGCUCAAGUCUGGAGGUGUUCUGGUCACGUAUGGGCCGUACAUGGUCGACGGAGUCAUUUCGCCCGACUCGAAUGUCGCGUUCGACCAGAGCCUCAAGUCACGAAACCCCGCCUGGGGCUUGCGCGACAUUGCUUGGCUCGCGUCGUUGGCCGCCGAGCAGCAGCUCACUCUGGAGCAGGUCAUUGACAUGCCUGCCAACAACAAGUGCCUCGUCUUCCGCAAGUAAUGCUCAGGAAGAUGGCUGAAACGAGUGUUUUGAAGGUUCCUGGUCCAAGUUGUGAUUGUUGGAACGAUGAUAGUUGACGCAAAUCGAGUAUACAGUACAAUGUGGCAAAGUAUGCCCCUAAGAGUUUA